AUGUUCGAACGUGCCCAGAAGGAUCGUAACAGGGAAGAAAAGAAUCUCAAAGUUUUAGUCAGAGAUCGUUUCAACAGCUGUAAGGCCUUUCCUGUGGAUACUUGUGGUGGAAGUAACGAAGAUGGGAAGAGCAAAGAGGUUCUUGAAUGUUCUUCAAGAUCCCCUGUUUCCGAAACAGAGGAUUCUCUACAGACUCCUUCUUCGAACCAAACUUCUUCUCCGAUAGAGACCAAUUCAAACCCGUUUUACAUUCCGGGUCAAUCCGAGAACCCUUCAAGAAAUGAGAUCACCACCAUGGGAGCUUCUUCCUUGGUUCAGAUUUGGGAAGCUAGGUCGCAGCAGUCAAGCUCGUGGCAAAGUCAAUCCUCCGAGAACUCGAACUCCAGUUCAUUUAUGGACGAGGCCAAAAACAACAACGACGAAGAGGUAGAUUCACAAUCAGACAUGAGUUAUGUUUCAGAGUCUUGUGAGAAAGAGAGAGAAGCAAGAUGCUUUCUUCCGUUGGUAAGGAUAAGAGGAAAGAAAGCGUUUGAUGAUUUCUUGAUGAUGAGUAUGCAUGAACGUGAAGAGGAUCUCAAAUGGCUCGCUGGUCAAUGCACGGUUUCCAAGUUCUCACCUCGCGGAUUAGGGCGAAUUCAGUGUAUUCUUCGAUUCAGAAGUUUUGAAAGGUGCAUUGCGAUUCAAGAAAGACAUUUGUCGAAACCAACUAACCGGUCUUCACGAGGUUCUAGUGUGGUAGACAAAACAAAGAAAGGUAAAGAACCAAUGGAGGAAAGUAACCUAAGGGAAGCUCAAGAGGCGAAUCAAGUCGCCAAGAAAGCUGUAUUGAGUGGAGAUGCAAGCAAGAAUUGUAAAAGGAGACUUAAAGAAGAUGAGAGGAAAGUUACAGAAGAAGGAGAAUGGUCAGGAGAUACUAUGGAGAAAGCUAUUGUGAUGGGAAGUGUAGAAAUGAACAAAGCUUCGUUGAGUAUCGCGGAGAAGGUGAAUCUUUGGGACUCUAAGGAGAGAAGUAUGUGGAAAGAUAAAAACGAGGAAGAGGCUGCAAGAAGAGGCGUUGAUGUGGAGGCCAUAGAGAUAAACAAAGACAGUGGAAAGAAAGAAGAAGUUGGUAGUAUUGAAGAAGGAAAAUCCAUGGAGACUGAGGAAUGUAGAAUCCAUCCUCAAGAAGUUACAGCAGUGAUUAGUUUGGAUGAAAGAAAGCAAGAAGAAACAGAAACAUUGUCCAUCCUUGAAUCACCAAGAUUUUUAAAUGGUUGGGAUGAAAAUGUAUUUGAUGGUGAAGAAGAAUAUGAAGAUUACAACGGAGAGAGUGAGUUUCAUGAUUGGGCUAGAUAUAUAUCGAAGCCACGGAGUUAUUGGGACGAUCUCCGGAAGCAACGGGAGCUUGAGGUUAUGAACGAGGAGGAGUCAAAGAAAGAUGAUAUUAUUCACAACCUAAUCAAAGAAAAGACGGUUUCUACCUUCCUCGCAAGCGAUCUUCGGGAAGAGAUCGAUAAAGUCUUGAUCUCACACCCACAAAAAAGAUUAGAAGAAGAAAGCAUUCAUGUGGAAGAAGAAGCAAUCUUAGAAGAAAAUGAAACAGAGAAAGUAGAUCCUGAAGCUGUGACUAUAUGUGAUGGCUUCAGUCAAACCUCAAGAAAGAGUACGCAGAGUUUCAAAGAUCAUGAAGUCGCUGCUUCAAUAUCUUUAGACUCUAAGGAACAUGAAAAUACUUCCUCCGAAACACAGAUGAUAUGUGAUCUAAGGGAAGAAAUGAAAGAGCUUCAAAGAGAAAUGCUCGAACUAAGAAGCUUAGUCAAAACUUGCGUCGAUUUCAAGAAAUCUCUGAAGUUCAAAUCAGUUUCAGGUUCAGUUUCAGAUUCUCUGCAAAGAAACUGUCAUGUUUGCUUCGAGAUGCCUGUAGACUCGCUUCUGUAUAGGUGUGGACAUAUGUGCACAUGUCUGAAAUGUGGUAAUGAGCUUCAGUGGAGUACAAAGAAAUGUCCGAUAUGUAUGGCUCCGAUUGUAGAUGUUGUGAGGGCAUUUCUUGAUUCUUAG